GGCGUGGGGACUGUCUCGAGGGGGUCCCCAAGGUGCCGGACCCUGCGGAGGGGCGAAGUUUCGGCACUGGGGAGGGCGUGCGGACGCUUUCCCUACAGGCGACCACUGCUCUGCGGGCGGGUGGUCUUAGCUCCGGUCCCCCAUUCAAUUCCUCAGCAUUCCAGGUCGGCGGCGAAGGGGUCCCCGAACGAAGGGCGCAAGGCAGCGUCUCUGCUGGGACCGGGACGCCGGACUUCAGGGCCUCUCGGCCCGUGGGCUUCUCCCCGAGUCUCCCCGAGUCGGUUGGCAUUAAGAGGUAGUUCUUAGUCAUAGCCCCUGGUAAUGACUAGCAGAGAAAGAACAGAAUCACCGGAUGUUUUGGUUUGGAUUGUGCUUAUUUUCCUUGUAUUCCUUCCAGUCCUCUUUAAAAUCUGAUGGCGAAACUCCUCAAACAGAAACCGUAUUGAUUUGUGCAAAUCGCAAAUGGUUUUUAGUUGCAAGAGAAUUUCCAGAAUCUUCUUCUUGCCUUUAAAUUCAUUUCAUAACAGGAAAAUUCUGUAUUUUGAGUUGAAACGUUGAUGGGAGAUGCUUAUAACCUGAAUAAUUUUUUUGUAAUGACUGUUAUUUAUGUAAAAAUUUAAAAGCCUCAUUUAAAAAUUACCUUCCAUUAAUUUGUUCCUCGAUAGCAAUAAUCGUUGCAAUAGUUUGAACCAGUGUCAUUUUACAGGUUAGAACCCGGCAUGCAAAUUUAAAGUCUUGUUUACAUCCUUGUAAGGAGUCGGAUACAAAGUUGACUAAAAGCCAGGUCUCUUAGCUGUCACUGCUGUUCCCUUUCUUUAAAACGUUAAUACCUGAUAGAUAUUGUUGCUGUAUAUUUACAUACACCUCUGUCUAAUUUGUUGUCUUACUGCUAAAGGGCAGGUUGUCUGUUUAUCUAAUCUUGCGUGGUUUUUCUCAACACAAUUAAUUUACAGUACUUAUCGUACUUACUUGCCUGUGGUACUUGGGAAUAAUCUGCCUCGUGACACCAAUCAAUUUAAUCUUCUCCAUAGGCAUUCCUGUAUUCGACAUACAUGGGCCGGACGCGGUGGCUCACGCCUGUAAUCCCAGCACUUUGGGAGGCCGAGGCGGGCGGAUCACAAGGUCAAGAUAUCGAGACCAUCCUGGCCAACAUGUUUAGCAGAUAUUUUCAGAAAUGGAUACAUAAGAAAUGGCUGGAAAUCAAAUGAAUGUCCAAAGAAGAGCUUAGGGUCUUAGUAACAUUCUUUUUUAAAAUAACUGUCUGCCAAAAUGUCAUUACACAGUACUCAUAAUAGAAAUAACAGCGGUGAUAUUCUUGAUAUUCCUUCUUCCCAAAAUAGUUCAUCACUGAAUGCCCUCACCCACAGUAGCCGACUUAAGCUGCAUUUGAAGUCGGAUAUGUCAGAAUGUGAAAAUGAUGAUCCAUUAUUGAGAUCUGCAGGUAAAGUCAGAGACAUAAAUAGAACUUAUGUUAUUUCUGCCAGUAAAAAAACAGCAGACAUGCCCCUUACCCCUAAUCCUGUAGGUAGAUUGGCACUUCAGAGGAGAACUACAAGGAACAAAGAAUCAUCUUUGCUUGUUAGUGAGUUGGAAGACACAACUGAAAAAACAGCAGAAACACGUCUUACAUUACAACGUCGUGCUAAAACAGAGUCUGCAGAAAAGUGGAAAACAGCUGAAAUAGAUUCUGUCAAAAUGACACUGAAUGUGGGAGGUGAAACAGAAAAUAAUGGUGUUUCUAAGGAAAGUAGAACAAAUGUAAGGAUUGUAAAUAAUGCUAAAAACUCUUUUGUUGCCUCUUCUGUACCUUUAGAUGAAGAUCCACAGGUCAUUGAAAUGAUGGCUGAUAAGAAAUACAAAGAAACAUUUUCUGCCCCCGGUAGAGCAAAUGAAAAUGUUGCACUUAAGUAUUCAAGUAAUAGACCACCCAUUGCUUCCCUGAGUCAGACUGAAGUUGUUAGAUCAGGACACUUGACAACCAAACCUACUCAGAGCAAGUUGGAUAUCAAAGUGUUGGGAACAGGAAACUUGUAUCAUAGAAGUAUUGGGAAGGAAAUUGCAAAAACUUCAAAUAAAUUUGGGAGCUUAGAAAAAAGAACACCUACAAAAUGUACAACAGAACACAAAUUGACACCAAAGUGCGGCCUGCCUCAGCUUAAGAGCCCAGCUCCAUCAGUACUGAAGAAUAGAAUGUCUAACCUUCAAGUUAAACAAAGACCAAAAAGUUCCUUUCUUGCAAAUAAACAGGAAAGGUCCGCAGAAAAUACAAUUCUUCCCGAAGAAGAAACUGUAGUUCAGAACACCUCUGCAGGAAAAGACCCCUUAAAAGUAGAGAAUAGUCAAGUGACAGUGGCAGUACGCGUAAGACCUUUCACCAAGAGAGAGAAGAUUGAAAAAGCAUCCCAGGUAGUCUUCAUGAGUGGGAAAGAAAUAACUGUGGAACACCCUGACAUGAAACAAGUUUAUAAUUUUAUUUAUGAUGUUUCAUUCUGGUCUUUUGAUGAAUGUCAUCCUCACUACGCUAGCCAGACAACUGUCUAUGAGAAGCUAGCAGCACCACUCCUAGAAAGAGCCUUCGAAGGCUUCAAUACCUGUCUUUUUGCUUAUGGUCAGACUGGCUCUGGAAAAUCAUAUACGAUGAUGGGAUUUAGUGAAGAACCAGGAAUAAUUCCAAGAUUUUGUGAAGAUCUUUUUUCUCAAGUAGCCAGAAAACAAACCCAAGAGCUGAGAGUGAGGGAACAUCCUGUUUAUGGACCAUAUGUUGAAGCACUGUCAAUGAACAUUGUCAGUUCUUACGCUGAUAUCCAGAGUUGGCUAGAAUUGGGAAAUAAACAAAGAGCUACUGCUGCUACUGGUAUGAAUGAUAAAAGUUCCCGAUCUCAUUCAGUUUUCACCCUGGUGAUGACCCAGACCAAGACAGAAUUUGUGGAAGGGGAAGAACAUGAUCACAGAAUAACAAGUCGAAUUAACCUAAUAGAUCUGGCAGGCAGUGAGCGCUGCUCUACGGCUCACACUAAUGGAGAUCGACUAAAGGAAGGUGUGAGUAUUAAUAAGUCCUUGCUAACUUUGGGAAAAGUUAUAUCUGCACUUUCGGAACAAGCAAACCAAAGGAGUGUUUUUAUUCCUUAUCGUGAAUCUGUUCUUACAUGGCUGUUAAAAGAAAGUCUGGGUGGAAAUUCAAAAACUGCAAUGAUUGCUACGAUUAGUCCCGCUGCCAGCAACAUAGAAGAAACAUUAAGCACACUUAGAUAUGCUAACCAAGCCCGUUUAAUAGUCAACAUUGCUAAAGUAAAUGAAGAUAUGAACGCUAAGUUAGUUAGAGAAUUGAAGGCAGAAAUUGCAAAGCUAAAAGCUGCUCAGAGAAACAAUCGGAAUAUUGACCCUGAACGAUACAGGCUCUGUCGGCAAGAAAUAACAUCCUUAAGAAUGAAACUGCAUCAACAGGAGAGAGACAUGGCAGAAAUGCAAAGAGUGUGGAAAGAAAAGUUUGAACAAGCUGAAAAAAGAAAACUUCAAGAAACAAAAGAGUUACAGAAAGCAGGAAUUAUGUUUCAAAUGGACAAUCAUUUACCAAACCUUGUUAAUCUGAAUGAAGAUCCACAACUAUCUGAGAUGCUGCUAUAUAUGAUAAAAGAAGGAACAACUACAGUUGGAAAGUAUAAACCAAACUCAAGCCAUGAUAUUCAGUUAUCUGGGGUGCUGAUUGCUGAUGAUCAUUGUACUAUCAAAAAUUUUGGUGGGACAGUGAGUAUUAUCCCAGUUGGGGAAGCAAAGACAUAUGUAAAUGGAAAACAUAUUUUGGAAAUCACAGUAUUACAUCAUGGUGAUCGAGUGAUUCUUGGUGGAGAUCAUUAUUUUAGAUUUAAUCAUCCAGUAGAAGUCCAGAAAGGAAAAAGGCCAUCUGGAAGAGAUACUCCUAUAAGUGAGGGUCCAAAAGACUUUGAAUUUGCAAAAAAUGAGUUGCUCAUGGCACAGAGAUCACAACUUGAAGCAGAAAUAAAAGAGGCUCAGUUGAAGGCAAAGGAAGAAAUGAUGCAAGGAAUCCAGAUUGCAAAAGAAAUGGCUCAGCAAGAGCUUUCUUCUCAAAAAGCUGCAUAUGAAAGCAAAAUAAAAGCACUGGAAGCAGAACUGAGAGAAGAGUCUCAAAGGAAAAAAAUGCAGGAAAUAAAUAACCAGAAGGCUAAUCACAAAAUUGAGGAAUUAGAAAAGGCAAAGCAGCAUCUUGAACAGGAAAUAUAUGUCAACAAAAAGCGAUUAGAAAUGGAGACUUUGGCUACAAAACAGGCUUUAGAAGACCAUAGCAUCCGCCAUGCAAGAAUUCUGGAAGCUUUAGAAACUGAAAAGCAAAAAAUUGCUAAAGAAGUACAAAUUCUACAGCAGAAUCGGAAUAAUAGGGAUAAAACUUUUACAAUGCAGACAACUUGGAGCUCUAUGAAACUCUCAAUGAUGAUUCAGGAAGCCAAUGCUAUCAGCAGCAAAUUGAAAACAUACUAUGUUUUUGGCAGACAUGAUAUAUCCGAUAAAAGUAGUUCUGACACUUCUAUUCGAGUUCGUAACCUGAAACUAGGAAUCUCAACAUUCUGGAGUCUGGAAAAGUUUGAAUCUAAACUUGCAGCAAUGAAAGAACUUUAUGAGAGUAAUGGUAGUAACAGGGGUGAAGAUGUCUUUUGUGAUCCUGAAGAUGAAUGGGAACCCGACAUUACAGAUGCACCAGUUUCUUCACUUUCUAGAAGGAGGAGUAGGAGUUUGAUGAAGAACAGAAGAAUUUCUGGUUGUUUACAUGACAUACAAGUCCAUCCAAUUAAGAAUUUGCAUUCUUCACAUUCAUCAGGUUUAAUGGACAAAUCAAGCACUAUUUACUCAAAUUCAGCAGAGUCAUUUCUUCCUGGAAUUUGCAAAGAAUUGAUUGGUUCUUCAUUAGAUUUUUUUGGACAGAGUUAUGAUGAAGAAAGAACUAUAGCAGACAGCCUAAUUAAUAGUUUUCUUAAAAUUUAUAAUGGGCUAUUUGCUAUUUCCAAGGCUCAUGAAGAACAAGAUGAAGAAAGUCAAGAUAACUUGUUUUCUUCUGAUCGAGCAAUCCAGUCACUUACUAUUCAGAUUGCAUGUGCUUUUGAGCAGCUAGUAGUGCUAAUGAAACACUGGCUGAGUGAUUUACUGCCUUGUACCAACAUAGCAAGACUUGAGGAUGAAUUGAGACAAGAAGUUAAAAAACUGGGAGGCUACUUACAGUUAUUUUUGCAGGGAUGCUGUUCGGAUAUUUCAUCAAUGAUAAAAGAGGCUCAAAAGAAUGCAAUCCAAAUUGUACAACAAGCUGUAAAGUAUGUGGGGCAGUUAGCAGUUCUGAAAGGGAGCAAGCUGCAUUUUCUAGAAAACGGUAACAAUAAAGCUGCCAGUGUCCAGGAGGAAUUCAUGGAUGCUGUUUGUGAUGGUGUAGGCUUAGGAAUGAAGAUUUUAUUAGAUUCUGGACUGGAAAAAGCAAAAGAACUUCAGCAUGAACUCUUUAGGCAGUGUACAAAAAAUGAGGUUACCAAAGAAAUGAAAACUAAUGCCAUGGGAUUGAUUAGAUCUCUUGAAAACAUCUUUGCUGAAUCGAAAAUUAAAAGUUUCAGAAGGCAAGUACAAGAAGAAAACUUUGAAUACCAAGAUUUCAAGAGGAUGGUUAAUCGUGCUCCAGAAUUCUUAAAGUUAAAACAUUGCUUAGAGAAAGCUAUUGAAAUUAUUAUUUCUGCACUGAAAGGAUGCCAUAGUGAUAUAAAUCUUCUCCAGACUUGUGUUGAAAGUAUUUGCAACUUGGGCAGUGAUUUUUACAGUGACUUCAGUGUGCCUUCUACUUCUGUUGGCAGCUAUGAGAGUAGAGUAACUCACAUUGUCCACCAGGAACUAGAAUCUCUAGCUAAGUCUCUCCUCUUUUGUUUUGAAUCUGAAGAAAGCCCUGAUCUGUUGAAACCCUGGGAAACUUAUAAUCAAAAUACCAAAGAAGAACACCAACAAUCUAAAUCAAGCGGGAUUGACGGCAGUAAGAAUAAAGGUGUACCAAAGCGUGUCUAUGAGCUCCAUGGCUCAUCCCCAGCAGUGAGCUCAGAGGAAUGCACACCCAGUAGGAUUCAGUGGGUGUGAAUACUGAUGUGUAGGCACUUUUAUGACCACCCAUGAAAGAAAAA